CACAUCUCGUUGAUAUCUCAAACUUUGAACCGACACCGCCUAUCUGCGAAAACACCUACCACAAACUCCAACUCUUUCCUCAUAACCUUUUUCUUUUUUCUUUGCCAUAACCUCUUUUAACUUCUGUAUUAUACUGCGUUUUUCUUUUCCCUUUUUUUCUGUCUAGCUUCCUUUCUGCUUUGUACAUAGUAUUUGUUUCUUCCUAUACUUAUUGAACAGACGAUUUCAACUCCAAAAAUUUCUUGCUUGCAUCGACCUCCAAACAAGAAAACAAAAUCCAAUCCGACUUUAUUGAAAACCCUUAUAUUUGUCUCGACAAGUAUCUCACCCCAAAAUCAAAUUUGACAUUUGGAAACUUUAAAAAAGAAAAAUUUACUAUCAUGAACGACACCGUGGACUCUAUCGCUGGAAGUAAACUGGAUACGAUCCUUGGCGGAACGUAUAGACUCAUUGAAGAAAUCGGCACUGGUUCCUAUGGCUGCCUACUCCUUGGUCAACAUGUGGAGUUUGGUUCUUACCACGCCAUUAAGGUUCUCACAAAAUCUGGACUCAACGCUGAACAGCUCACUCUUCAAAGAGCCGAAAUCGAAAUCCAACAGCAUCUCAAACAUGACAAUAUUGUUGCAUUGGAAAGAACCAUUGAAGAUGAUGACUUUGUCUAUAUUGUACUCGAGCUUUGCGACCAAGGUGAUCUCUUUGACUACGCAGUUGCUCAUGCCGGUAAAGGAACGUCUGAUGACGACCAAAGCCUUCUUCAGAUGGCUGGCAAUCAAAUCAUCGAAGCUCUUGUCUAUUUGCACGACCAAGGAAUCUACCACCGCGACAUCAAGUUGGAGAACGUCCUAUUGCAAAUGCCCGACAUCUCUCGCGAUUUCAAGUUCAAGCUAGCCGACUUCGGUCUUGCCACCCGACAAGCAUAUUCCAAUGAAUAUGGAUGUGGCUCUGCAAGUUAUCUUGCGCCAGAGCAUUUCAAUCCUCCUACCGCUCAAGGCUAUGCCUGCUCAAGCGCUGAUGUUUGGAGCACUGGUAUCUUUGUAUUGGCUAUUCUUUUUGGUCGUAACCCAUGGCAAGAAGCAUCUUUAUCUGAUCCAGUCUUUGCCGAAUACGCCCAAGAUAAUAUGGUGAUCAAGGACUUGUUCCCAUCCAUUUCUGACGAAUUCUUACAACUGGUACAAAGAUGUCUUGCUCUCAAUCCAGAGGAUCGCCCUACCAUGCGACAAGUCUGGAAGGAGUUCCAAAGGAUUGACCACUUCCUUAUUCAAGACAACGAAGAUGAUUCUGACCAAGCCUAUGGUACUUAUGACACCGUUUCACCCGUGUCUAUUCCUCAAUCAAAGGACGCUUUCAAAGAUAUUGGUUUCUCUUACGACUCUGCUUGCUGUGGCUCUUGGUCUGACCUCAUUGAUCAAGAAGGAGACUGUGACUUCAACGCCGAUCCAUUUGGUUCGGACACAGAUGACUUAACUCGCUCAAGUGGUGAUGAAGACCUAUUUGCACAGCAUGAUGACUCCUGGUGGAUGUAGACUCCGCAUACAACCCCCCAUGACAUGUUGGAUACAUAUCUCAUUCUUCAACAUUUCUGACUCCUUUUUUAUGUUCAUUGGAAAUGAUUUUUCUAUGCCUUAACAUACCACAGCCUCUGUGGUCCUCUUUUUGCUUGCGCAAUCGCAAUUUGAACCCUUCCCCCUACUUAUCAUCUCUCCCCUCUUUAUCGA